UGACGUAGGCACGGCGUAUGCUGUCAAAGGAGAAAAAAUGGCGUCGAUAUCAGAAAUGUACGAUGUGGGUUGGGAAGAGAUGAGAGACAAGCUGCGUAAAUGGAGAGAAGAUAACUGCAGGAAUAGUGAGCAAAUUGUGGAUGUUGGUGAAGAGCUGAUCGGUGAACAUGCAUCUAAACUGGGAGAUGACGUAUGGAUUAUUUAUGAGCAGGUGAUGAUUGCAGCGCUGGACUGCAGUCGGGAUGACUUGGCUCUGACCUGUCUACAGGAACUGAGGAAGCAGUUUCCAGAUAGCCACAGAGUGAAGCGAUUAUCGGGCAUGAGGCUGGAAGCUUUGGAAAGGUACGAUGAAGCCAGCAAGCACUAUGAUGCCAUUCUCCAAGACGACCCCACCAAUACGGCAGCAAGGAAGCGCAAGAUCUCCAUACUGAAGGCCCAGGGGAAGAACGCUGAAGCCAUCCGGGAGCUCAAUGAGUAUCUGGAGCAGUUUGUUGGGGACCAAGAAGCAUGGCAUGAGUUGUCAGAGCUCUACAUCAACGAACAUGACUAUGGAAAAGCGGCGUUUUGUCUGGAGGAGCUGAUGAUGACCAACCCUCACAAUCACUUGUACUGUGAGCAGUAUGCUGAGGUGAAGUACACCCAGGGGGGGCUGGAAAACCUGGAGCUGUCCAGGAAGUAUUUUGCCCAGGCGCUGAGGCUGAACAACCGAAACAUGAGGGCAUUGUUUGGUCUGUACAUGUCUGCAAGUCACAUCGCUGCCAGUCCAAAAGUUAGUGCCAAGGUGAAGAAGGACAACAUGAAGUACGCUGCCUGGGCUGCCACUCAAAUUAAUAGAGCCUAUAAGAUGGCCGGUCGCGGGACCAAGGAGAGCAAAUGCUCCAUGAAGGCGGUAGAAGAGAUGCUGGAGUCCAUGCAGAUCACCAUGUCCUAGAUGCCCUCGUCUCCGCCUUCCUCCCACCCUCCUGUUCACACACAGCCGCUCGGAGAGACAUGGCAGCUCAAAUAGCCUUGCAAUGUGACCAGAACCGGAUCUCUGAAUCUUUUUUUUUCUUUUUUUCCCCUUGUUUUUCCUUUUAAGUUUGGCUUUGUAACUGAUUGAACUAGACACGGACAAUGGAAGACAUUUGUUUUACACAAGUGCUAAGGUUUCCCAACGCAUCUGGAACCUAAAACAGCAAAUUCCAAGUACUCCAAUUUAUUUAAACAAGUCCUACUUGGUAUUAAACCAGCUGUGAUUCCCCAUGUGACUGGAAUAUUUUUUCCAUCCCAUCCCAUGCUGUCUCUUAGGGCCAUGUCUAACCUAUAUAACUAAUUAACACAUCCACAUCAAGGCUAUAGCUGUGUGACCGGGAAAGAUAAGCUGUACAGUAAGAGCUAUUUAUAAAGACUAUGUGGAGACCCCACCUGUCUGCACUGAGGUCCUUUACUGUUUCUGUGCUAUCUGUAAAUGAAACAUCUUUAAUAUUUUUUUGUUUAAUCUAUCAAAAUGUCUUAAUAAAAGUAGAACUGAUUACCAAUACA